AUGGCGCAUCAUCACCAAUACCCUCCUCCGUCGCAGUUCGCCGGCGGGGAGGUUUUCGAGAUGCCCGCCGACUCGGUGGCGCCAAAGACGGAGCCGCUGCCGCAGGCGAAUCCAUGGCCGUUUUAUCUGGACCAAGACGUGCGGACGGAGGCGCGAGUUGACAAAGAGGAGGAAGGGGAGGGGGAGAAGGGCGCUGGGAGAAAUGCAAAAGUCGCUGAGCAGCCGUUGGCGAACCCGUGGGCGUAUUUUGGGCCGAUGACGCCGGAUGAAGAGAAGGGCGAGGGAGAAGACGCCGCUGGGCGUGAGACUGCAGUGGGAGGGACUGUUGCCAAACAGAGUGUUGGUGGAUUGGGGAUCAAGAUGGAGGAGCUCACGGUGGAGGAACAAGAAGAAUCCAAGGCGCAGGGCGAGAAUGUGGAGGAUGCUUCACUACGGCCACUACCGCUGCAUCUCGGCGGCUAUGGCAAACAAGACGGAGAUGACGAAGCUCCUCCUCAUGAUGCGCCUCCUCCUGUACCAACAGCAUCACCGCCGCCGCCGCCGCCGGGGACAGACUACGUAGCGCCUCUACGAUUAUCGAGAAAGCAGGUCCCAGCAUUCACAGUCGCGCCGGCCUUUAAGCCGUAUCUGCCGCCAGAAGAGAGCAACAAUGCGACAAUUGCGCCGCUCAAGGUGACACACCAGAGGGCGUCGUCGGCGGGCCCCGAAGGCAAUUCGGACGCGCUGCCGUAUCGGCCAUAUCGUCCUCCGGGAUAUGUCACGCCGCCUGUAUUGAACGCAGACAAUGGGGCCGAUGUAGCGGGACCUGCUGUGAUGCCAGUUCCCAGGCCUGCGUCAACAUCGUCAUCGACACCAGCUUCGGCGCCGCCUCCGCUGCCGCUGAAUGCUCACGACUCUCUGGCCACUGGAUCCGUUGCUGCUCAGGUAGCGCCGCCUCUGAAAACACCGUCGCCGUUAGCAUCACCGAAUCCUGCGCCGCCGCCGCCGCAGGUUGUUGAGCCGUUCCGUUCGACGGAGACUCCUUUGGAUGGAGCGGCGGCACCACAUCGCCUUUAUUCGCCAUCUGUAACGGCUGGUCCUCAUCCUCCCCCUGCUCCCACUCAAGCUCCUCCUCCUGCUCCAGCUGCUUCACCUCCUGCUGUUGCUCCUACUGUUGCUCCUACUGUUGCUCCUACUGUUGCUCCUACUGCCCCUCCACCUCCUCCAGCUCCAGCUCCAGCUCCUCCUAUCCCAACGGUAGCGGUAGCGACCGCAGAACCUUCAGCGGCUGCCGCUUCAACUCUGUAUCAUGCUCCUCCUCCUCUCCCUCCUCCCGUGUCUCAGACGACGACUGCUCCUCCGUAUCACCGUUCACCAAGUCCAUCAGCUUCGAGUCCUGGUCUUGGCCCACCUUCAAGCUCAAGUCCUGCCCUGGGCUACUCUCUAAACUCGAGUCCAACACCAGGAUACCAAGCAUAUAUGACGCCUCAUUCUGCGCCCACUUCAGCUAUGCCCAGCCCAAACAUGACUACGUACCCAUUCCAACCUAUCGGCCAGAGUCAGCCGCAAAAUAUGUACACUUCCUCAUCACCUCCUCCACCGACAGGAUCUCCUGGCCAACCGGCUUCGAUGUAUUACCCACCUGCCCAGCAGUAUACUCCUCCGCCGCCACCUUCAAGUUACGAUAUCCCACAACGUACUUAUGCGUCAUCAGCCGAUAUUCCACCGCCGCAACCACCACGGCCGCCGCAGUACCAACAACAGCCAUCGCCGGUGGCAUAUCAGCCCCAAGCGUCGCCACAGUCACCUUCACCAUAUGCAUUCCCUGACGCACAAAGGCCAGGCACGCAGCCUCCUUAUGCGCAGUCAUCCAUGUACAACCUGCCAUACGGGCCAGCGGUAGCUCCUCACCAGCAUCAAUAUCCAACCCAGCCAACCUACGCAACCCCCAAUAGCGAAGGCCCAUCUUCUCCAAACCCCCAGGACCUCUAUGCCGCGCCGCCUCUGCCGCCUCGCCCGGCAACGGCAACUGGCUGGGGCAAUCAGCCGCAAGUGGUCACGGGAUUCACACCGCACGUCGUAGCGUAUCCUCCGCCGCCGAAGAGAGUGUUUGAUCCGCCGCCUGCGGCUCCGGCUGGCCCGCCGAGGAAAUCAUCGGGUGGGAUGGGGAUGGGGAUGGGCAGUGGUAAGCUGUUUAGCAGCUCUUCGGCCUUGAAGUGGAUCGAUAAGAGGGGGAAGGGGUUGGAGAAUAGGCUUGAUUCUGUGCUUGGUUCGCAGAGCGCGUCUAAGCCGCCGCCUCAGCCGCCUCGUCCGACAUGAGAGUCGAAUGAAGACGGUUUUCUUUCUUUCUUCCUUUCCUUAUAUACACAAGUACUCGAAUUUGAUGAGCGAAUUUUUUUUU